AUGAAUGGAACUAUGAUAGUCAUGUUUGUGAUGCUAAUGCUAACUGUACUAACACUAAUGGUUCUCAUUAUUGCAUAUGUAAGGAAGGAUACAUUAUAAUUGGACAUUCUUGCCAAUGUAGAUUAGAUAAGCGAUACUUUAUGUCGUGAAAAGCAGCUAUCCAUAGCAAGUAUUGUAUUCGUAACUAGGCUCAUGAUGAAGAGGCAACGUAAUGAUUUUCACGCCCCUACCUCGUAUUUCUAUUAAGUAACGGGUUUCAUCAUAUGCAUACAUUCACAUUUUUCGAAGGUUUAAAAUAUAGUGAAUGCGGAUAUUUUGCGAAAAAUAACACUAAACUAAACCACACGUGAAUAAUGAUCAGUGCCUAUAUUUUAUAUGCGGUGCCCUAGGUAGUAAUAUGAUGACCGCUGGCCGGAAACGGAGAGCACCCAAUAUUAGGACACCCUCGAUUUCGGAUACUACGAGCUCGUGCGUAAAUACCAUACAGAGAGACUUUCUAUGAAGUAUUCUAUAUCUAUAUCAUUUGUACCACUAGAUAUCGAUGAGUGCCUCAAUAGAAGCCAUGCUUGUGACGUGACCGCAAAUUGUACCAACACUGACGGCUCUCACAACUGCACUUGUAAGGAAGGAUACACUGGGGACGGACAGUCAUGCCAAGGUAUGAUCAUCGCAUUAGACUUCGCAAAUAAAAAAAAACUCUUUCCUCAAAAGCUUGGAAAUUUGAUGUUUGUUUCUGUCAAGUAACGUUAUGGCAAUUCAUUUUUGUUCUCAGAUGUCAACGAGUGUAGCGAUGGCAACCAUGUUUGCGAUGUUAAUUCAAACUGUAACAACACAGAUGGUUCUCAUAUUUGUACAUGCAAGGAAGGAUACACUGGAGAUGGACAGUCAUGUCAAGGUUAAUAAGAGUAACCUACAAUAUUUUAAAACAAGUAGCUUUGCACAUAAGCUUUCGCCAACGGAAAUUAGUCCACAUUUUAAAGGCCUGUUUUCACACACCACUCUCGUACACUCUAUUACAUCACCUUUUAUGCUUCUAGAUAUCGAUGAAUGCAGGGAUGAAAGCCAUGAUUGUGACAUAAAUGCGAAUUGUACCAACACCAAUGGCUCCCAUAUCUGCACCUGUAAAGAAGGAUAUACUGGAAAAGGAGGGUCAUGCCAAGGUACAAUUAGAUUAGACUUUGAAAAAAAGCAGAAUACCUGUUCAUUACAAAUAAUUGCCUUGUUAUCCAACAAACUGGCUAAGAUUUUUUUUCUCUUUUCAGUUACAAUUUACAAAUCUAUUGUGUUCAUAGAUAUUGAUGAAUGCAACGAUGAUAGUCAUGUUUGUGAUUCUAAUGCUAAUUGUACUAACACCAAUGGUUCUCAUAAUAGCAUCUGUAAGGUUGGAAACAUCAUAAAUGGACAGUCUUGCCAAUGAAGAAUACAACAGCGAUAUCUAAUGUCGAGCAAAGCAGCUUUUCAUAAUUAGAAUUGUCUUCGUUACUGGGCUCAUGAUCAAGAGGCAACGCAAUGGUUUUCACGCCCCGGCCCCGUAUUUCUAUUUAGUUACGGAUGUCAUCAUACGCAUAGAUACACAAUCUUCGCUGGUCUAAAAUAUAGGCGCGGAUAUUUUACGAGCUGUUUAAUAUUUUUUCCGAGCCCUGAAGGAACGAGAAUAAAAGAAGGCAAUGAGCAAGAUUUCUUCUCGUAUUAUAUGCUAAACAAUCGAAAAGGGAUUUAUCAUUCCACUAUUAUUAGGAAUAUUUUUCUCGAACAUGCGGCCAUGCUCGGACAACCACCCCCACCAUACUCCCCCCUCGCUUUUUUAAAUAGUAUAGAUACAAGGAAAAUCUGUUUCUACUACCACACUUUUUUCUUAUAACUUUUCAACCUUCAACAACAGCGUAAUUAGUACAGCAAAACAAUUUUGUUUUCCAUUCCAGAUUUUUUUAUGUUCAUGUGCUUGCAGAGUUCCUUUAUGUAUUAUCUAUUCUUUUGAUUUUUGUCCUAUUGCUGAGAUAACUUAAGAAGCGCCCCUCUCGACCAAUCGACAAAGCGCCCACCCGACAAAUAAGUGCCCCCUUCCCCUCUCCCUCAAAGUUUUUGUCGAAACUUUCCAUAAGCGCCCAAGCACAUAUUGAAAAUGUCUAUCAUUUCAAUUAUUGAAGUACACACAAUAUCGGCUGAGGAACUAAACGUGAAUCUUGCGGAGUUUAUUCACUGUUUUCAACUAAAGACAGAGACGAUUAUGAACACUCAGGCUUAACAUGCCUGGCUUCAAGUAUCGAGAGGUAUUUUGAUAUUUUUUGCCAGCUGAUAGUAUGUUGCAUUAUUUCUAUCGAGAAAGGACGUUUGAAUGGUUUAAAUCUUUCAUGAUCGAUUUAUAAACCAUUGUCUGUUUGACAGUUAAAUGUUAUAAAGGAGGAAUUUACUCUCCUUACGUACAUGUAAACUUUAUAAUAAACCUCAUACAUCACGUAAAGACUGUCCUUACGGUACAUAAACAAUCGUUGCUGUAUAUAAAAAAAUCUUACUCGUUUCUUGCGCUCACUCCCUCGAUUUCCGAUACUACGAGUUCGUGCGUAAAUACCAUAUAGACAGAUUUUCUAUGAAGUAUUACAUACCUAUAUUAUUUGUAAUACUAGAUAUUGAUGAGUGCCUCAAUAGAAGCCAUGCUUGUGACGUGACUGCGAAUUGUACCAACACUGACGGCUCCCACAUCUGCACCUGUAAGGAAGGAUACACUGGGGACGGACACUCAUGUCAAGGUAUAAUCAUUACAUAAGACUUUGCAAAUAGCAGAACGAAGUUUCCCACAAAUAAAAACAAAACUCUUUCUUUAAAAACUCAGAAAUUUGAUGUUUGUCUCUGUCAAGUAAUGUUUUGGCAAUUCCUUUUUGUUCUCAGAUGUCAAUGAGUGUAGCGAUGGCAACCAUGUUUGCCAUGUCAAUUCGAAUUGUAACAAAACAGAUGGUUCUCACAUUUGUACUUGCAAGGAAGGAUACACUGGAGACGGACAGUCAUGUCAAGGUGAAUAAGAGUUGCCUACACUAAUUAAAACAAGCAGCUUUGCACAUAAACUAUCGCCCAUGGGAAUUAGCACACACUUUAGAGGCCUGUUUUCACGCACCACUGUCAUAUUGCCAUGGCGUUACCUCUUAUACAUCACUUAUGCUUCUAGAUAUCGAUGAAUGCAGCGAUGGAAGCCAUGAUUGUGACGUGAAUGCGAAUUGUACCAACACUAAUGGCUCCCAUAGCUGUACCUGUAAGGAAGGAUACACUGGAAAAGGAGAGUCAUGCCAAGGUAAAAUUAAAUUAGACUUAGAAAAAAGUAGAAUAACCUUUCAUCAGAAAUAAUUGCCUUGUUAUCCGACAAACUGGCUAAGAUUCUAUUCAGCUACCCUAUGCAAAUCUACUAUGUUCACAGAUAUUGAUGAAUGCAACGAUAAUAGUCAUGUUUGUGAUGCUAAUGUUAACUGUACCAACACGAAUGGUUCGUAUAAUUGCAUCUGUAAGAAAGGAUACAUUAUAAAUGGACAGUUUUGCCAACGUAGAUUAGAAAAGCGAUACUUCAUGUCGAGCAAAGUAGCUUUUCAUAAUAAGUAUUGUCCUCGCAACUGAGGUUAUGAUCAAGAAGCAACUUAAUGAUUUUCACGCCCCGACCUCGUAUUUCUAUUAAGUUACGGGUUUCAUUAUAUGCAUGCAUUCACAUUUUACCAAGAUUUAAAAUAUAAUACGCGCAGAUAUUUUACGAGUUGCCUGGUAUUUUUCCGAGCGCGAAAGGAACAAGGAUAAUUUAGAGCAAUGAGAAAGAUUUCCUCUCGUAUUAUAUGAUAAACCAUCGAAUAUGUGAUUUAUUAUUAGUUCCUCACUUUUUAAAAUAGCAGAGAUAGAAGGAAAAAUCUCUUUGUACAGCCACACUUUUUUUAUAACUUUUCAACCUUCAACAACAGCGCAAUCAGUACAGCAGAAUAAUUUUACUUUCAAUUUCAGAUUUUUUUAAAUCUUCAUGUGCUUUCAGAGUUCCUCUACGUAUUACCUUUUAUUUUGAUUUUGAUGUCCUAUUGCUGAGAUAACUUAAGGCGGGGUUCCACCUGAAAAAGUGACAUUUUUGCAUCACUUGUGACAGCUGUGGUUUUCAUCAAAAUUAUAGCACACUGUACGUCAGUAGAAAGCUAUCGGCCUGAAGAUUAUGAAAAUGUGUAUUUGAAUGCGGUAUUUUUUUUUGUAACCUGAUACCAAGCCCCUUCAAUAGCACAUGCUGUGGCUGACCUGGACCUACUUGAGAAAGGAUUUUUACAUAUAGUUUCACAUGAAACAUGUAUUUUUACUAUUUUUCUCAAGUAAAUAGAUUGCUUACUGGGAUGAAUGAAGGAUUUAGCAGAAUUUCAAAAUGUUAAGCCUCAACACCCAUCUAAAGUUGUGCAAUCAAAAUUAGGAAGCAUUUCUUAAAAUAACCUUUUUUCUAAACACUUCAUGACAAAUUCCUUCAUUCAUCACAACUGACUCAAUGAGAUCCAGUAAGCCUGAAAAUUUCAGGUCAAUAGCUCAAAUCCUUCUCGAGUUAUCUUUUCCUAAAGGCAAAAAUGCCACAUUUUGAGAAACGCCACGUUUAACUUCAGAAAUGGAAUAAUUUGGACGGGACUGCACAGGUACUUGAUGCGUUUCUUUUGUAACGAUUCCCAACAGAAGGAAAAACACUAUCAUAUUUUACCAACAAAAUCAAUCCUUGUAUAAAAAAGAGAUGAAUGUGGGCCUAAAGAAAAUGGUGAUAAUGACACAUUUGUAUUCAAUAAACAUUCAAAAAUCUCAACUGGCAAAGGGAGACUUGAUGGAAGGGCUUACAGGACAGAACAACGUAGUUGAAAUUGGGGGAACCGAGAAAAAGUCUGGUGAGUGGUAACAUGAAGGGCCUCUCUCUAGAACCACAAGACAGAAAGACUAAGGUUCCCAAGCUUAUGCGCGGCAAAUUUUUCUCAAUUAAUUUUUUUAAUGCUUAUGAUUUUACAGAUAUUGACGAGUGUAAAGGAAGUCACUCUUGUCACGUGAAUGCUACAUGCACGAACAUCCUUGGAUCACAUGUAUGUCAAUGUCACGCUGGAUAUACUGGAAAUGGACAAAACUGCACAGGUGAAUUUAAUCUCUUCGCUACAAUAUGUAGAACAGUCCUGCAUGACACGUUCGACUACAGUGCUGCACCAUUCAGCCGCGUUGCAAGAUAA